CUGUGCAAAUCAUUGAAACGAUGUGUCAGAGGCACCAAUAGCCUCGAUCAUCCAUAAUGCGGCGGACAUGGUAUGGCGGGCUUGGAGGCCAGCACGGGAGGCACAUUUACGCCUACUGCAAUGUCAGGACAAACCAGGUCCUCUACUCGCUGGAACGGGUUCUGCGUAAUUCGCACUUGAAACAGCUCGCAGAUGUGGGCGCCAACAAUAAUCCGCCCAAACUUCGAAAAGACAUCUGGCGCCCGUUGUGGAUGGUGUCACUCCCCAACUCGCGCGAUGGUAAGAGACUAGGCCUGCAAGUCUUUCGGCAGCUGCGCGAGUAUCGUGUGCUGCACGAGACCAACUGGGAGAUUCCUGAGGAGAUGAAGCGGCCGUACACCGAGAAGGAGAUCGAACGUAUGAGGUACAAGUUGGACAAUCGAGGCGGUAGCAAGAAGGAGACCGUUUACGACAUAAUCAAGCGCAAGAAAUGGAAGAUGCGCGUGAGAAUGGUGAUGGAUCAGAAAGCAAAUUCAAUUGCAGACCUGGCUGCAAUCUUAUUACGGCAAGAAGACAAGGGAGUUGCAAUCAGUGGAAAGCGAGAACUGGCUCUCGACCAGCAAAAGAAGGAGGAUCAGGACACCAUCAUCAGCUUAGCAGAACGGAAUGCCACGGAGGCGAAUGAGUUGAAGGCCAAGAUCCCAGCUAUGGAGGCUGUCGUGGCAGAGGCCGGGCAGGAAGCGCAGAACAAGGACAAAAAGUCCAAGGAACGAAGAAGUGCGUUCCAAAAAGCAUUACAUACACGUAGAGAUGUCGAAAAGAUCCAGUUGCAGAUUCGGAGGAUGGAGUGGAGUGCCGCUCAGGUCGCAGAUGCCAAGGCUCGUGCGGCAUUCGAACAGCAGGAACAGCAGGAACAGCAGGAACAGCGAAGGCGAAGAGCGGCAGAGUCACCACAGACAGCGAAGCCGGGCACUGCCGAGGAGGGUGCUCAUGCUGAGAACUCAUCUCUAACUGAACAAACUCCAGUCAAGGAGAUCGACUACCGCCAAUACCUCCCCGACUUCCCAGCUGAGCUCGAUCCUAUCGCCGCUGCAAAAGCUGGAUUGCCUAUUGGGAAACACUCUGCGCUCCAGCCAGAAAACAGGACACAAAAGAUGCUAGUCAAGCUCUUCAGGCAGCACAUUUUCACUAUUCAAGACAUUACAGUCAAGUGGGCCAACACGCUAGAUGCAGAGUUCGCAGAAAGAUGGCCCGACGGCGUGAAACACGACCGGAUAGGAUUUGUGCGGCAUAUUGCACCGAAACCAGACGACGAGCCUGUCGAUGAUGUCAGGCAGCUCAGAGGCAUGGUUGAUACAAGUCCGAAAGAGACGCCGGAAGAGAUGGCCGCGAAGGUAGCAAGAGGCAAAGUCGUCAAGAGAAUCGCGGAACGAUUAGUGGCAGAGGUGACUCGUAAGAAUAACAGGAGUUUAGCACAGAGGAAGAAAUCACGGCUUCAGCAGCAAGCCGCUGAAGAGACGGCUGGGAGGCAGAACAACGAGCCUGGCGCUAGCAAGCAGGCAGAUGAGCCUCCGGUGCAAGCGGAGGCCCCAAAGUUGUAAUGAGACAGCGUAAAAUAUCACCAGCGAAACGAAGUGCAUU